AUUGAAUCGUCACGACGAUAAAAAUUAUUGCUACAGGCCGAUUCAUACGUCUUAUUAGUUACAUAAAGUAAAAUUAUGAUAACGCUAUUAUCUCGAAAUGCGGAGAAGGGGAAUGCUACAUUGCAUGGGCUACAGGCAUGCUACAGGCAUGCAGAUACAUUCGGUCUCAGGAUCUGAUUGAGAGACCAUACAAGAAGUUUUGCGCAACAAUGUUGAGUCGCGUCAUUUUUCUGAUUUGUUGUAUUUUAAUGGGUGAUAUCGUGAUAGCGUCGAAACCAUUGUCGAUUUUAGUGGUAGAGACUGUUCCGUCGCCUAGCCACCACGUCUGGACAGAGCAUUUGGUUAAAGGACUACUUCGCAAAGGUCAUCAUGUACACGCAGUCAGUAUAUUAGAGACUAAGGUCAAGGGUAAACUCGCGCAAAAUUUAACAUACGCCGUUUUCGAUAGUCUAAUGGAUACUUAUGAUGAAUCUAAUAAUUAUGACCCAGUUGAGUGGCAGAAGUAUAGCGUAUUUUAUACGGCAUAUUUUGUAUAUCAGUGGGGUAUUCACGCAUGUGACACAUUGAUAAAAACUGAAACAGCGAGAGAUCUUUUGAAAGUGAUUAAAACAGUCGAGUUUGACGUAAUAGUGCAAGACAUUACUUUAACUCAAUGUUUCUACGGAUUAUGGGAGAUUGCUAAAGGCAAGCCACCCAUAGUAGGCUAUAUUCCUUUUGGUGCUACACCUUAUCUCAAGGAUUAUAUCGGUGGUCCAAGUUAUCCGACUGUUCGAUCUUACACACAUGCAGCCAUUGCAAAACCUGAAGGUUUGUGGCUGAGAACGUGGAAUGCUUUAUAUUACAUUGUGGAUGAUCUCAUACGACAUUACUAUUUCUUUCCUAUUAUUCAACGACUUACUGAAGAAUAUGUAGGCCAUGCAAUUAGACCAUUACAUAAAAUAGAAAGAGAAAGUAUAAAUAUUGUACUAAUUAAUAGUCAUUCUGCGCUCGAAUCUGCGAUACCACUGCCACCGAAUACCCUAGAGAUUGCAGGAUUAAAUGCUCAGGCCGUGCAACCAAUUGCCGGCGAGGUGAUCGUAACGUAUCCUGAGGAUGUGCGCAUAUUUCUUGACGGAGCAAAGAAUGGAGCUAUCGUAAUAUCGUUAGGAACGAAUGUGAAAUGGAAACAUCUCAAUUUAGACACGGUUAAAUCUGUUAUACUGGCUCUGUCGAAACUGAAGCAGCGAGUGCUGUGGAAGUUAGAUAUUGAAGUGCCAUUUGAGAUACCGGAAAAUGUAAUGGUUAUGAAAUGGAUGCCUCAAAGCGAAGUUUUAUGUACGUUUCACAGUUUCUAUGAAUGCACAAGAAACAUGAGACACAUAUUUCUACAUAACAUUUGUUUAAUUAGCUAUUGCUUUGCUUAUAUUCGUUUAUCAACGUAAACAAUUCUUUUAAACAAGUUUUGGCUAGAGUUCCGUAUAUGCGACCCCCCUUCGAUUUGAAUCUACUUUUGCAGCCACGUAUUUAGUACAUACUAAAAGAAGUCGAAAGCCCCAGUGCAAACUUG